AUGAACAACAUUCCAAGAAACAACAACAGCAACGGAGGAACCCCACAGGCUUGUUCUGCUUGUAAAUACCAACGUAGGAAGUGCGGUCCAACCUGUAUUCUCGCACCAUAUUUUCCUCACGAACGUCAAAAACAGUUCCUCAACGCCCAUAAAUUAUUCGGCGUUGGUAAAAUCACCAACAUGCUUAAGAAUGUUGCUCCUGAAUCCCGAGAUCUAACCAUGUCUAGUAUUGUUUAUCAGGCUGAUAUGCGUGCUGCGGAUCCUGUUGGUGGUUGUUAUCGACAUAUUCAGCAUCUUCAAUCUCAGAUUGAUUAUUCUACUGCUGAGCUUCAUUUUGUUCUUCAACAACUUGCUAUUUGUAGAGCCGCAGCUUCUUCUUCUUCCAACAAUCAUCAUCAUUAUAAUGAUUAUAAUGAUCAUGAAGAUAUUAUUAUUCCACCUCAUUAUCAACCUCAUUUUGUUGAAGAACAACUGGACGAUGUUAAUAUGUUUCAACAGCCGCAAAUGCAACCGCAGUAUGUUGCUGAUGAUUUUGUCGGGGUUAACCCUAAUUAUGUUCCUUUGCAAGAGGAUCUUAACACGUGGGUGAAUUCUAUACCGUUGUCUCCGUUAACUCUGCAGGAUAACAAAAAGGAGGAGGAUGAGAUGGACCAAGAACGGGUUGGUGAUGAUCAUUUGAAAGAUGAUCAGAAACCUGUUUUUGACCUAACGAAUUCUUCGGAUAUCGGCAGACAUAGUACUAAUGAUCCGAGACAACAGUUAUGA